AUGAAAAGGCCCCCGUUCCUUUCUUCCUCCGACUGAGAGUGCCGGUAGAAGAGAUUGUGGGAGCAAAAUGGCCGGCGACGGAUUAUCGGCGAAGAUGGCCGGAAUGUCCAAAAACCAGCUCUACGACAUUAUGUUUCAGAUGAAGACGCUAGUGGAACAGAACCAGCAACAAGCAAGGCAAAUUCUCAUUCAAAACCCUAGCUUGACUAGAGCACUCUUUCAGGCACAAAUAAUGCUGGGGAUGGUGCAGCCACCACAAGCAAUUCCAGCCAUACAGCCGACAGGAGCAUUGAAUCCCCAGCAGUCAGUAUCUCAGCUUCCACAGUCAAAUGUUCAGACCACUCCAUCAUUGUCAGAGCAAAUUGGCAUUCAGGAGCAAACAAGAAAGCAGCAGCAGAAUCAACCUUCUCUAACUGCGCCAUCUGCUUCUCGCCCACCCUCAAACCUUCAACCUCCAUCCUUGCCGUCUCAUCCAUUGCAGUCAGUGCAGCAGCCAAAGAGACAUAUUGGUGCUCAAGCCACACCAAUCUCUUUACCACAAACCUCUCAAAUUCCUAACAUGCCAUCGCUUCCUCAUCAUUCUGCUUCACCGCUGCCAUCUCAUCUUCAAUCACAAAUGCCUCCGGCAUCCUCCCAGUUGGAACAACCAAUGCAAACUAGUGGCAACCAACACCUCAUUAUGCAACCACAGCUACCACCACAAGUGAGACCACCAAUGCAACCCUUCCCCCAUCAAGUUCACCUUCACAUGGGGCCGAAUGUUGGUUUUUCUCAAUCUGGAGCAACUCAGCACCACCAUCAUUCACAGCCUGCUUAUCAUCCUGCGCUGAGGCCUCCGGCAAGCAUGGGACCUGCUUUUCUACCGGGACAACCACCAGUUCCAAGUCAGCUGCCACUUCAGUCGCUGUAUCAGAUGGGAGGUUCACAUUUGAGACCAGAAUUCCAUCAAGUUGGAAGUUCAAUGCAAGCAGAUCGAGUAUCUCCUCGGAUUCCGAGCUUACCAGAGAAUACAUCAGGAACACAUCUCCCAGGACCACCACCAUUCCCUGGCCAGAUGGGCCCUAGCAAUCAGCCUUCUAGACCGACAGCACUGAGUCCGGAGAUGGAGAAUGCACUUCUUCAGCAAGUAAGGAGUCUGACCCCGGAACAGAUUAACAUGCUACCUCCAGAGCAAAGGAAUCAAGUGCUUCAGUUGCAACAAAUGCUCGGUUAAUUAGAAGCAAGUGCUGCAAAAGACAAUUUUGCGAAGAAAUUGGAAUAUCACUGUCUGGCUAAUUGACUUUACUAUAUAUCCAGUUCCACUGGGUGUAGAUGGACAUUGCACCCCUAGUUCAAUGGUGUGUCCCCCCUUGUUAAGGUUAUUUUUCCUAGCUCAAUUAGGGUUUCCUGUCAUGUGGUCAGCAAAUCAUAAAUUUUGCUUAUAGGUGUUGGUGGAGCUCCUUUGGUGCAUAUAUGUCAUCUUUUGGACCCUUUCCUCUUUCUUUUGUAUCUAUUGUCGCUUGCAUGUAGCAUGGUACUGCAUUAGCAUAGUUUAAUGCAACUCAAAUAUGAGAUUGCGAAAUAGUAUAGUCGCCUAAGAGCAGUACCUAGUGCCCGAGAGAUCAAAAGUGAAGGGGAAAUUCAGACAUUCAUGUCUAUGGAUGCUGAUCUAAUUGUAAACCUAUUUAGUAAUUUUUCAUGACAUAUGGAGGUUGGUACAUAACAAUGUAA